AUGACCGAGUCGGCCUACCGAGUCGAGACCGCCUCUCGACUCGCCCAAUGGCGCAUCGACAGCCUCUCCUCCUGCACUUACCGCAAGUCCGAUCCCUUCCGAAUCGGCCCCUGGAACUGGUCCCUCUCUCUCCCUCCUCUUCUUCCUCCUCCUCCUUCUCCUCCUCCUCCUCUUCCUCCUCCUCCUUCUCUUUCUUCUUCUCCUCCUCCUCCUCCUCAAAGAAAGCUCUCGGCGAUCUUUUCCGGGGGACCUGAAAUUCCAACUCCGGCGACAGGUACCUCACCGUGGAGAAGAACAAGCAGGUUUUCAUCAAGCUGUUCCCGGAGUCGUCGAGCCUCUCCAGAGAGCGCCCCCCCGUCGCCUCCUUCCUCAUCCGGGUCGUCUGCGCCGCCGGGCGGCGCCGCCACAUCGUCCACCCUGGUAACCCCCCCCCCUCCGUCAUAUCUCGUUGACUUCGAUCGCAAGGAGACAAACGCGGCGCUUUCGCACAUGGUUUUGACCUAAUUGUCGUCUAUCGAUAGUAAUCAUCCCCGACUAUCUAUUGGGAAGAACUUGAAUAUUUUCUAAAAGUUCGAAUCUUUUUUAAGUGAAUGAUCCGAUUCUCUCACACCUUCAAAUCCUCAGAGGUCCGCGACAGGCAGAUCAAAAGCAGCGAUGACUUCGUGUGGGCGAUCGACACCAUGUUCACCGGGAAGUUCACCAUCGACGUCGAGUUCCUCGACCUGAAGGCGGUGGCGCCGCAGCCGGUGAGCACCUCCCCUUCUCCUCCUCCUCCUCCUCCUCCUCCUCCUCCUCCUCCUCCUCCUCCUCCUCCUCUUCCUCCAUCCGUAAAACAAGCUCAGAGGUUUGUGCGUCACGCCGAUUUGCAGGGCGGCGGCGAACUUUGCUCCGUCUGGUCCGGCGAUCACAGGCCGGAAGCGGCGGCGGCAACCGCUCUCUCCUCCCUGGGGAGGAUGCUCGCCGACGGCAUCAACACAGAUGUCACCAUCAACGCCGGCGACGGCAGCGUCGGCGCCCACCGCGCCAUUCUCGCCGCCAGGUCGCCGGUCUUCCGCAGCAUGUUCUCUCACGACCUCAAGGAGAAGGAGCUCUCCGCCGUGGAUAUCGCCGACAUGUCCGCCGCCGCAUGCUCCGCGUUCCUCCGCUACCUCUACGGCGGCGUACCGGCGGCGGAAUUCCUCGCCCACCGCCUCCCGCUCCUCCGGGCGGCGGACAAGUACGACGUUGGCGACCUCCGGGAGGCCUGCGAGGAGAGCCUCGCCGGCGACAUCGCCGGCGAUAACGUGCUGGAGAGGCUGCAGAUCGCCCACCUCUACGGGCUGCCGGUGCUGAAGGGCUCCUGUAUGAGGUAUCUGGUCAACUUUGGCAGGAUUUGCGACCUCCAAAACGACUUCAACGCCUUCCUGCUGACCGCCGACAGGGAGCUCAUCGCUGAGAUCUUCCAGGAGGUUCUUGCGACCUGGAAGGGGCACUGA